GAAAAUGGCGUCUAUCAACAGACAAGAGCGUGUAAUGAAACUUUACAAAAAUGGGUUUUCGGUGAAUUUGGAUCGCCGAUUUUCAUUUGGGAGAUAUUUUUAGACAUCUUCCUGGCCGUCGUGUUGGUUGCAUUUCUGAAUUAUCAAUUCGAAGCCGCGUUUCGUAUAUCGUUUUUCGGUGACGUUCAAGCACGACGAGACACAGAGAAAAUGCAGGCCGUACGAGACCAAGCUGACUGGCUACUCACCAAUAUAAUCCCUCAACAUGCCGUUGAGUCACUUAAGUCAAGUACAAAAUACUCCGAGAAUCAUGCGAUGACGGCUGUUCUCUUCGCUACCAUCACUAACUGGUCAGAGAUGUACGAAGAAACUUAUGAAGGUUUGUCUUUUAUUAGAUGA